CAGAAGGUUAGGUGGGCGGAUGAGAUUAAGAAGUUUGCAGGGACGACAUGGCUACAAUUAGUACAUGACCGGGGUUGUUGGAGAAGUAUGGGAGAGGCCUUUGCCCUGCAGUGGGCGUAACCAGACUGAUGAUGAUGAUGAUCUUCAGUACAAUGCGGCAGCACCUUCGUCUGUGCGGACAUCUCUUCCCAUGUGCAUCUACACAUGUGCCUGUCAUCUGUUGGUCCCCUCAUCUGUCUUCUUGCCCAUUUGCCUGGCAGUAUGUCCGUCUUCAUGUUUUUCUGUAUACCUGCCGUGCAUGUCUGUUCGUCUCCCUGCCUGUCUAUCUGUAUAUGCAUCCAACCAGUGCACUUGUGUGUCCGUCCUUUUGUCCGUUUGUUUGUUCACUUGGCUAUCUUUGUCCUUGCAUGCCUAGCCUUCUGUGUGUCCUCCCACUCAUUCUUCAGCCGUUCGUCUGUCUGCCCCCUCACCCUCCUGCUUGUCUGUCUGCUCCCCCGCAUGUGCUUCUGUGCCGUCGCUUGCCCUCCCGCUCCUUCAUUCGUCAUCUAUCUACCCGCCAGCCCAUCUGUCCUUUCGUCCAUGUCUCUCCAUUAGUUGAACCGCCCACUUGCACGAACGUCAGUCUGUGUCCAGGCAACCCUCCGCGCCUUUGUCCAGCCUGUUCUGUCUGUCCACCGAGUUGCCCGUCUUCAGUGUGUCUGUACAUGUCCGUCGGUUCACCAGCUAGCCCACCAUCCUGUUCCUCUGUCCGCCCUUGUGUCCAGCUGUGUAUCUGGCUGCUUACAUAUACUUGUCCAUCCACCGUCCAGACCACCUGCCAGCACCUCUGUCUGUCCACACACUUGCCUGUCUGUCCAUCCGCUCUGCAUGCACUCGCUCUUCUUUGCGCGACGAGUGCGUCAUACUAUUUAAAGCAAUCACAUGUAAUGCACAUUACAGUCAUGUAUAAAGACAAGUUUAUGUGCCACAAUAAUCAUUAUCCUAUUUUGUGUCACCUACAGGGCGAUUUCCAGUUACCCCUGUCUUUUGUCAAUAGACUCCGACAUAAUGAAUCUUUAUCAUACUGCAAAUUUCCUAAUCUCAUCACACCACCUAAUCCUUUUUUUCAUUGUUGCCUUUUCCAUUUCGAACUCUCUUGCUACACUUCCUACAGAUAUCAUUGAACUUUCUCCCUCUCUUGCUCUCUAACAAGAGGAUAUUUAGCCACCUUACGCAUUGCACAGUCUGCGCAGUUCUGCAUCUUCCUCUGAUCACAGCCAUAAAUGUUGUCUGCACCUGUUAGCCCUCUAAUUCACUGAGUUGUCUUUUUGCCUCAAAAGGUUGAGCUGAUAAUUUCCGUUUCCAUCAUUAAUUGAGUGAGCUGGCCUUCACUGCUCAUGUUUAUUUGUUAGGCUUGAAGCUUUGGUUCCGCAGGUAAGUAACGAUAGGUAUACAUUCUAAGGGCAGCGGUAAGUGGUGUUGACGACUAUUUGCUCAGUUACACGGCGUGAUCACAGACACCAAAUAUGGCUACGGAGCAGUUCGUCUUUCAGCCCGUUAUUGUGCUGAAGCUGUCUGUAGUUGCAUAGUGUGAUCUGCGUGCUAUAUGAAAAUGUUUUAGCACCAGAACGGUCUGAUCUGGUCCGGUAUAACUUUCAAAGGAUCUGUUGAAACUUGCACGCAUGUCUGCUAGGGCGUAUUAAAUUUAGUUUAAUCCCAUAAAACCUGUUCGAAGUCAAACAGAAUUUUUAUACGAUUAGCAUCCAUUGGGAACUUCACCCAGUUUGCAGUAUGUAUGCUUGUAACUAACCUCCCUCAUGCCAACUUAGGUGACUGGCUACAUGCCACUGGGUAUAUGCAGCUAUUCAAGAAAAAAUAAAUGCUUAGAGUUUCCUUUGGUGUUGGGCGGAAUUGAAUCCCGCGUCUUAUUUAUUCAGACAUAUGCGACACACGGACUUCGGUAUGGCGCCACUGAUGGCAUAGUGUAUCCAGAGCAAGCAGGUUUUAAAGGCUGAGAGGGAAUAGGCUCCCUCAGAGGAAAGCGUGCAAGAGGAACCUGGCUACAUGCACGCCUCAUCCAUGACUUGUUUCAGCAGUGGCAAUACGAUCUGUCGCUACACAGCUUCAAUGCUAAUUGCAUUAACGUCGACAGCCCUUGUGAAAUGGUUUCUGACAGAUGUUUUUUUUUUAAUUAUAGUGAAACGUAUCGCUGCCUCAUUUUUGCUGCUAGUGCAUCAAUUUUCCGGCAGGCUUGUUACCACUGUGUAAAUCAAGUGCCACACGGUAUCUGCCAUCGUAGUUUCCUGCAAAAUUAACCAGAGAUAACUUUUGUGCUAGCGUCUAUGGGCGCUGCAAGCAUGGAUGUUCAUCCAGCAUGGGAAUGCUGGUUAGUACACUGAAUUCCCUUAACUUCUUCCUGCCUUCAUAUGUACGACUUAGUGACAGCAAGUUGACCAUUUUUAACAAUAAAUUGAACUAAAAAUGCAUUAUAAAUUGUAGCUAUUCGCAGUGUAUCUGCAUUUGCACCGAAAUUUAUUGCCUUACGCCUUUAAAAAAAUUAUUUCCUGGAAAUUUGGAAAGAUAAAGUGCAAUAAAUAAUGCCACACGUCUGAAGCCACAAGUAUGAAGUUUGAACCAAUCCUUGUAUAUGCCAUCAUUCCCAUGACAGCUGAAUGAUUGCAGCAUCAAAGUUCCCUCUAGAAAUUUUUUUAUGAAAGCCUAUUCUUGCUUUAAUUGGUCACGAAAUGAAAGAUGUAUCAAAGGCGAUUAGAGCGUGGGCACUGUGUAGAGCGUUCACUAUGAACAUGACAACUUUUGUGAAGUUUACAUUUCCUAAAGCUUGAGGGUAACCUGCACUUUUAUUGCUAUAACGAAUAAAGGGGCACCUCAGGCAAAUUUUCCCCGUUGGUGUAGCCAUGAUGUUCUGUAUAAAGUCCAAGUGUGAGGAGAUCCUAUUGUGUCCUGCGUGCCAUAUGAUCCGGGUGCGAGAAAAAGUGUUUGAAAGUGAGCUGAGAACGAUGCUGGCUUGUGUUAUCUCGGCAGUGGUAGUACGAAGACUGGACACAUCAGCACGCAGUCUUUCCGCAUGCAAGGGGGAGGGGGAGGUGAGAUGCGGCAACAGCACGCAACGCCCGGGCUGCUGCGACAGCUCCGACGUGGAACUCAACUAGGGGCAGUGGACAGAGGCACAAGACCAAACGGAUUGGAGGACAUUCGCAUAGCUGUGAUUACUGCCCGUACAGGACGUAUUACAAGUCUCACCUGGAAAGACACAUUCGGACUCACACAGGAGAGAAACCCUACGCAUGUCACCUUUGCCAGUCGGCAUUUUCGGAUCCCAGUGCCUACAGUCGUCACAUGCGAGGACACAUCGAUGAAUCAAACGCUCCACCUGGGUCAUUUACAUGUGGUCCGUAUUAGUCAUCAGGCAUUCAAGACAGGCUUUGUGAGACAACAGACGCCCAACCUGGUGAGAGAUGAACCUCGUCUGCUCAGCGGUUCUGAGAUUUCCUGCCUGUGCUGACACGUGGGUGAAUAUCUUGAAGAAGGUCAGCCUUGCCAUGGCAGUCAGCACUCAAGUGAAAGAAGACUUUUUGAGUGAGUAGCUAAGUUGGCAGUUGAAAUGUGGAAGUAGUGUGGAUUUCAAUGAUACAGCAUCGGAAUGAUGAAUUCGGAGUUGGAGCUUACUCAGACACAUGUGAAGAUGCCGCCUCCUUGCACUUUAUAGACGACCAUCGACCGGGAUUGGUGAUUUCUCACGAUGAACUGCAGCUGCGUGUUUUAGGCAACUGUAUCUGGCACUUGCUGGAUAUCUGUGCUACAGUAUGGGCUGGCACGCAAUGCCAUGCUGUGCAGCUUCAAUGGAAAAACCAAUGUGCCACUGUGAAAAGCUUUUUGUAUGCUGUGGCAGCGAGCGGUAUGUACCUUUCCUGGAGGCGUUCCCAUUCGAGCUUGCGUAGUGGUGCUGCCAGAAUGAAGCAGGGAAUCAAGUUCCGGAAGAGAGACGAGCCACUCGUGUGCCGCCAAUGCCCAUACCAGACAUGGCACAAGUCCAAUUUUGUGCGACACAAGCGGAUUCACACGGGAGAAAAGCCAUACGCAUGUCACCUGUGCCCGAUGGCGUUUUCUGACUGCAGCUCCUAUAAUCGGCAUGUUCGGAGCCAUUCCUCAUAUUUAUAGUCUGUGUAUAUAUGAAGCACGAAAUUUUCAGCAAAGCUUGCUAGAGCGAACUCUGUGGCUAGUCUACGAGUGUGGUGUUUUGGCAGCAUGGGAAUGAUAGUUAGUACAUGGACUUGCCUAACAUUUGCCCUGGCAUUAGAUAGCUUUAUAAUUCUGUGAAUUCAUCGUUUUCAACAAAACAAUGCAUUGUAUAUGCAGCCAUUUGCAAUGAUUAUAGAUGUUCGAAUGAACAAGGGCGUGACGUGUUUAGAAAAAAUAUUUUUUUUUUCUCCAACACAUUGAGAGGUGAAGUAUAACAAAUAAUGCCACAAAAGAAGUCUGAAGCCAUAAGCACAAAGUACUCGCCUAAUACUCAUCAUCACAUGAUAGCUGAAUGAUCUCAUUGCUAUGCGCUAGUAAUAUUCCUGGGAAACUGAAACAGGGGGGGAAUUAUAGAUUAUCCCACUAAGAGCUCUUAGAGAUAAAUCGGGUGUUGCUUGCAGUCGUUCAACCAUUGUGCAGAGACAUUAAAAUCGGCUGCAGAGUGAAUAUAUUAGGAACUCCAUCAAAAGUUUGUUAUAAUUUGGCAGCCUCAAAACCACCUGUUAAAGAGCUGGAAAAAAUGCUGAGAUGAUGCCAUAUUAUAAAAAAUUAGGUUGACAGAGCUUAAGGCGCAUUCGUACGUGGAAUUUUCUUUUCUUGUACUGUUAGGUUGCCAUGAAUGAAUGAAUGAAUGUGAUAAGUCCACAUGUGAUAAUUUUAAAACGUCAUAGGUCCUUGAGUAAGAUCUCGGCGUGUCCCGCACUGCGAAUAUAUAGCUUACAAUCUGGUGUAAAUGGUUAGCGCAGGCGGUGCCAUGCACUCAGUAGUGCGGUACUGGCGAUUCAUGGCGUACGGGAGAUCUAACGCAUCCGCCUUUCCAGGUAUGUCCUCUCAAAUAAAUGGCUUUAUUGGUUCAUCAAUCCCAUCUCAUCACUAUGGUUGUGCACUCAAUAAAAUGUCUGCAUUUUAUUUCGUA